UCUCCUCCCCUGUCUCUAUCUCCUCCUCUCUCCCUCCCCCUCCCCCUCCCCUUGCCUGUGUGUGUGUCUUGCAGGGCCUGGGAGCACAUGGUUUAGCUCUCCCUCUGACAUCUGCCAGCCCUGUGAAGAUGGUCGUCCUGCACUUAUAUUGCUCCCUGCAGCCCUCAGAUGACCUCUCUCGCCUGCCUUACUCACAGAAUAUCCUCAGCGUGAAGCGAGAACUGUGCUACAAUGUCAACUGGCCGGGCACCAGCCCACCAUCCAGUGAACAGAUAGAUACCCUGCGCUGGCUCUUCAGCUGUCCCUUUGACCCUCAGAGUAUCUCCGAGACCUCAUUCCUUUGCCCAGAGCCUUUGGAUCUGCUCAUAGAGAUAGGACCAAGGUUAAAUUUCUCCACUGCAGCCUCCACCAAUGCUGUUUCCAUCUGUCGGUCUGUGGGUUUGUCUAACGUAGACCGUAUUGAAUGUUCCAAGAGGUAUAUGGUUAAGUUCAAAACUCAGCCAGAGAAGAGAGAGGAGCAGCAGCUGGUUGCAUCUUUGUACGAUCGGAUGACAGAAUGUUUGUACCCUGAACCCAUAAACAGCUUUGAAGUGUCUGUGCAGCCUGAACAAGUUUAUGAAGUGGAUGUCUUGGGGCAAGGGAGAGCUGCACUGGAGAAGGCUAACUCUGAGCUAGGUCUUGCAUUUGACUCCUGGGAUUUGGAUUAUUACACUUCUCUCUUCCAGCGAGUAGGCAAGAACCCAACCAGCGUGGAGUGCUUUGAUCUGGCACAAUCCAACAGUGAGCACAGCCGCCACUGGUUCUUCAAGGGUAGGCUCUUGGUGAAUGGUGAGAAGAAGGAGCACUCUCUGUUUGACCUUAUAAUGAGGACUCAGGACAGCAGUAACCAAAACAAUGUUAUCAAAUUCUGUGACAAUAGCAGUGCAAUCCAGGGGAAGGAGGUAUCAUCACUGUUUCCUGCAAAAACACACUGUGCCAGUCCCUACCAACUGCACCGUUCUGUACGGCACCUCAUAUUCACUGCAGAGACCCACAACUUUCCCACUGGGGUGGCGCCAUUUAGCGGUGCUACCACAGGAACAGGUGGACGAAUUCGGGAUGUUCAGAGCACCGGACGUGGUGCACAUGUCAUUGCAGGCACUGCUGGUUAUUGCUUUGGAAAUCUGCAAAUUCCUGGAUACUCACUGCCCUGGGAGGAUCCCUCAUUUCAGUACCCUCCUCAGUUUGCUCGCCCCCUGGAGGUGGCGAUUGAAGCCAGUAAUGGAGCCUCUGAUUAUGGAAAUAAGUUUGGGGAGCCAGUGCUGACAGGAUUUGCUCGUUCGUUUGGACAGCGCCUGGCUUCAGGGGAGAGAAGGGAGUGGGUUAAGCCAAUCAUGUUCAGUGGGGGAAUUGGGUCCAUGGAGGAUGCUCAUUGCAUCAAAGAUGCACCUGAAGUUGGAAUGCAUGUGGUGAAGGUUGGGGGUCCCGUGUACAGAAUCGGUGUUGGAGGGGGAGCUGCCUCCUCUAUUCAGGUUCAGGGGGAUAAUGCCUGUGAGUUAGAUUUUGGAGCUGUUCAACGUGGAGAUGCAGAGAUGGAACAGAAGAUGAACAGAGCAGUAAGAGCGUGCAUUGAGAGAGGGUCUGGGAAUCCCAUCUGUAGCAUUCAUGAUCAGGGGGCUGGAGGCAAUGGUAACGUACUCAAGGAGCUGAGUGAGCCUCAAGGAGCAGUAAUCUACACUCACAACUUUCAGCUGGGGGACCCCACACUAAGUGUGCUUGAGAUUUGGGGGGCAGAAUACCAAGAGUCCAAUGCUCUUCUUUUGCGGCCGGCUGAUGCUGACUUUUUGCACUCUGUGUGCCGUAGAGAGAGAUGUCCAGUAGACUUUGUGGGCAAGAUCACAGGAGAUGGCAAGAUUGUGCUGCUGAAUGGCAGUGAGUUGGAUCCUGUUCCAGACUCCAAGGAUCGAAAUGCUGUUCCUGUUGAUCUAGAACUUGAAUGGGUUCUAGGAAAAAUGCCUCGCAAGGAGUUUGUUCUAAAUCGAGUCACUCCUGACCUGCGACCUUUGACCCUUCCAAGUGACCUCACUGUCAGGGAGGCGUUGGAACGUGUUCUAAAGUUACCAUGUGUGGCCAGCAAGAGAUAUCUCACUAACAAGGUUGACCGUUCAGUCACCGGGCUGGUUGCCCAGCAGCAGUGUGUGGGUCCUCUUCAUACACCGUUAGCUGAUGUGGCUGUUGUGUCUUUAUGCUACAGCGACACAGUAGGAGGGGCCACAGCAAUUGGAGAGCAGCCAAUUAAAGGUUUGCUGAACCCUGGCGCCGGAGCGAGAAUGGCAGUUGGGGAGGCGCUCACUAACCUUGUCUUUGCUCAAGUAACAGACCUGAAGGAUGUCAAGUGCAGUGGGAACUGGAUGUGGGCUGCCAAGCUGCCCGGUGAGGGGGCUGCAUUGUAUGAUGCUUGUGUAGCCAUGUGCACGGUCAUGGCACAACUUGGUAUUGCCGUAGAUGGGGGAAAGGACUCUCUCAGCAUGGCAGCCAGAGUAGGAGCUGAAACUGUGAAAGCACCAGGCUCUCUUGUCAUCUCUGUUUAUGCAGUAUGUCCUGACAUAACUGCUACCGUGACCCCCGACCUGAAAAACCCAGGAGAAAAAGGUAUCCUCCUCUACAUCCCUCUUAGUCCAGGUCAGCACCGUCUUGGUGGCAGUGCAUUGGCUCAAUGCUAUUCACAGCUGGGCGAGCAACCGCCAGACCUGGAUAAUCCACUAAAUUUGGUUUCCUGCUUUCAGGUCACUCAGCAACUUCUACAAGAGGGCCAUAUUAGCGCAGGUCAUGAUGUCAGCGAUGGGGGACUGAUCACCUGUCUCCUGGAGAUGGCUUUUGCUGGCAACUGUGGCCUUGAGGCUGAUCUUUCCUUUCCUGACACCAGUGCUUUGGAGCUGCUGUUUGCAGAAGAACUGGGUCUGAUCCUGGAGGUUGUGGAGUCAGCAGUGGAGGUGGUAACGGAGCGCUACCGAGCAUCUGGGUUGCAGUGUCUGAAGAUUGGAUUUACCAAAGGCCACGGUCCUAAAUCAGUGGUCCAAGUCAGUGUAAAUGGACAGGAGGUCCUUUCAGAGGAAGUUGGGACCCUGAGGGCGCUAUGGGAGGAGACCAGUUUUCAGCUUGAUAAACUGCAGGCAAAUCCAACCUGUGUAUCUCAGGAAGAGGCUGGACUGCGUCAGAGGGUGGGGCCAAAGUACCAACUAACAUUUGACCCAUCUGAAUUAUAUGUUUCACCUUCUACAGCUGCUAUCACACAGCCACGUGUAGCUAUUAUACGAGAGGAAGGAAGUAAUGGAGACAGAGAAAUGGCAGCAGCUCUUUAUGCUGGUGGAUUUGAGGUGUGGGAUGUCACCAUGGAAGAUCUUUUCUCUGGUGGUGCCACCUUGGAUCCUUUUAGGGGACUUGUCUUUGUUGGUGGUUUCAGCUAUGCUGAUGUUUUGGGAUCUGCAAAGGGUUGGGCUGCUUCUGUAAAGUUUAACCCUAAUGUUCGUGGGCAGUUUGAGGCUUUCCGUCGUCGUAAAGACACUUUUAGUUUGGGAGUGUGUAAUGGUUGCCAGCUGAUGGCACUAUUGGGCUGGGUUGGACCCGAUAACACAGUUGAUACUGAUGAGCUCCCUACUCAAGGCGUUUUGCUCAGCCACAAUCAGUCUGGGCGUUUUGAAUCCCGUUUUGUGACUCUGAGGAUUGAAGACAGCCCAUCAAUCUUACUUCGUGGGAUGGCAGGGUCAUCACUUGGUGUCUGGGUGGCACAUGGAGAAGGUCUGAUGAGGUUCCGUUCUCAGAAUGUCCUUGAUCAUGUGAUAUCUCAGCAGUUGGCCCCACUCCGUUAUGUGAAUGACUUGGGUGUGCCUACUGAAGAGUAUCCGAUGAAUCCAAAUGGAUCUCCAUUGGGUAUUGCUGGCCUUUGCUCAUCAGAUGGACGUCACUUGGCUAUGAUGCCUCAUCCUGAACGCUGUUUAUAUAAAUGGCAGUGGGCUUGGAUGCCAGAAAAUUGGCACCAGGACAUGCAAAUUUCACCUUGGCUCCACUUCUUCAAUAAUGGCUACCGCUGGUGUCAAGAGAAUCAACCGUAAAUGUUUAUUGCAUUUUCAGACCUCGCCUUCAAGCUGUAACAAAAUAGUUAUUUUUGUAUAUAUAUAUUUUGUGCUUCCUGUAGUGUUUCGGCAUAUUUCUUUGUAGUUGGGAUCUGGCAGGCCCAUGCCCUUCAGAGAUGCUGACAUCACCCAUAUUUGGUCUAACGUUAACUGUCCUUUUGGAAAAAGUCAACGAUGGUCAGGGGCUUCUUGAAGGCAUAGUGGAUAAAAUCAUACAAUUUCUAUGUUUGCAGUAAAGGGACGUUAAAGGGACAGUCUACACUAAAAUUGUUAUUGUAUAAAAAGAUAAAUAACGCCUUUAAAAAUCUAUUCCCCAGCUUUGCACAACCAACAUUGAGAUAGUAAUAUACUUUAUAGCAUUUAAACCUCUGCCUGUUUCUAAGCCACUAUAGACAUCAUCUUAUCACAUGCUUUUUUAUUUGCUUUUCACAACAGGAUACUGCUAGUUCAUGUGGGCCAUAAAUAUAACAUUGUGCUGAUGCCCGAGGAGUUAUUUAAUAUUUAGUACUAUAUGUAAGUCAAUAGAUAAUACAUAAAGUCAUGUGAUCAGGGAGCUGUCAGAAGAGGCUUAGAUACAAGGUUAGUCACAGAGGUAAAAAGUAUAUUAAUAUAACUGUUGGUUAUGCAAAACUGGGGAAUGGGUAAUAAGAGGAUUAUCUAUAUUUUAAAACAAUAACAAUUCUAUUGUAGACUUCCCCUUUAAAUACAGAUUGCUUUUGUGUAAAAGUGAUGCUUGUCCUAAGCUCCCUGGAGAGAACAAAAUGCAAAUUCCAUGUUUUCUUGCAAAUUGUUAAACCAAAGAAAAACUUUUCUCCAGAAACUAGACCAGGAAUAAGACAGAACAUUAAAGGGACAGAAAUAAAAUGUUCUAAUGCAUUACAGCAUUUUAUUAUUGUACUUACAUUUGUCCCUAGCAAUUUGCUUAAACCUGACAAAGAUAUAAAACAUAUAGCUAAAUCUCUGCCGCAGCCACUCUGUGUAUUGCUGCUGAUUGGCUGAUAAGUUGUGUGCUGCCCAGGAGGAGCCGUGCGCACCGUACAAUGUUCUAGCGCAUUAUAGUAUUUUUGUACUGUUACAUCCUUUUCAUGUAUCAGCCACACAGUUUGAAGUAGUCAAGAGAGGUGUAAAUAUAGAAGUGUAUGUAAAUCCAUCCAAAAUAGUAAGGAUUUAUCACAGUGUAGCAGAACACCAAAUGCUCAAGAAAAACACAAUUAUAGACUAUAAUACACAAUGAUUGUAUAAGUUUCUUUAACUGGCUUUUAUGUUCCCUAUUAAAAAUAAAAUAAAAACUGCUCUCUAAC